GGACGCCAUGUUUUGAUUGGCGCUGUGUAGUUUGUCAUGGAGUUACACAGUUCGGCUACAUUGUAUAUUGGUUAUCGACAGCUGCUUUGAAAUGCACAAAGCUGACCACGGAGAAGGCCCUUCCUGUGAACCUGAAGAGCAAAAAUCAGGGGGGGAGAGGCAGUGUGAUCCACCCUUUUCACCAGAAGAAAAUGAUGUUCUCAUUGACAAGAUCAGGCCCGUCUAUGAUAAGCUUUUUGGAAAACUGGCAACCAGGACAUCUUACUCAGAAAAAAAUAACAUCUGGAGGAGAAUAGCAAAGGCAGUAAAUGCAGUGUCAGACCACCCUCGCUCUAUUCCGAAAUGCAAAAAGCGCUUUAAUGAUAUAAAACGCAAAGUUAAAGAAAAACUGGUGAAAAUUGACAAUCAUAACAGACGCACUGGGGGUCACCCACCACUGCGUUUGCCAUUCUGCCAGUAUGAACGUAUCACACGAGAUCUCAUCCAUCCAGCCAUGAUAACUGGCAUACAUUGUGUGAUUGAUACAUUACAGAAUGUUGCAGGACCAUCCAAUGCUCCUACAAGGAUAUCCUUUCCAUUACAGCCGAGUACUAACAAAGUGAAAGAGGAACCCCCUUUGUCACCGGAAGAAGACUCUUCUCAGGAUGCCUAUUUGCUGCCAGAGCCUAAAGAAGACUCUCCCUUUGAAGAGGUUUCUGCUGAUGUGAGGGUGAUCAGGCUCAAUCCAGAGGAUUCAGGUCUACAGUUUGAUACUACUGCUGAUCUUGUGCUAAGACCUUCUCCUGCUGCAGCAAGAAUAUCCUUUCCUCUACAACCAACUAUUGAAAAAGUAAAGGAGGAACCUUCUUUGUCACUGGAACAAGGAGAAUCUUCUCAGGAUGCCUAUUUGCUUCGGGAACCUAUAGACAACUGUCCUUAUGGCAAGGCUGCUGCUGAUGUAAGAGUAAUACAGCUAAAUCAAGAGGGUCCAGGCCUACAGCCUGAAGGAAAUAGUGCUGAUCUCAUGCUGAUUGAGCAGAGAGCACUCAGACGGAGCCUGAACAGAAAACUUAACCUCUUGAAUCAGACACUACAGAGUAUCCACACCACCAGUCUACAGCAAACCCAUGCAAUUGUACAUCAAAGUACAAUCCUUGACCGCAUAGCAAACUCCCUUGAAAUCUUGGCACAAGCACACACUGUUACAAAACACACACCAACAGAAAAUCCCCAAUUCUCACCUCCUUAUGCUGGUGCACCUCCUUCCCGGGUGGGUAGCUUAUCAUGUGUGUUUCCUCGAGGGCCUGGCUCUAGGAGAGGACAACGUGGCAGGCCAGCAAUCAAACACUUACUCAGAGAUCAUACUGAGGCUCCUCUCUACAAAAAGCCUUCCUUUAAAUAGAUUUUAUUUUUUUUACAUAGAAAUGCCUUUUCUACUUGGACUUUGUAAAUAAAUUCAUAACUUUUUAAUAAUGAAA